AUGGAAGCUGAGUCUGCCUCCGACUCCAAUCAACCAGGCCCGUCCAAUAAGAGAAUUCGUCAAAAUGAACACAAUAGUAAUGAGGACCACACGCUCAUCGACUUCAUUGAUACAUCAACGUCUCAACCCCAUGCUCACGAAAUUGGAUUGAGUGAAGAAAACCAAGAUAAUCAAAAAAAGAAAAAUGAUGAGAAUGAUUGUCCCAAAUGCUACAAAACGAUGUCUGGCAAGGGGUGUUUGCAAUGCAAAGACGGAUAUUUGAAAUGGUGGCAUACACGUUGUUUCGACAUCACGUUGCACCAUCUAGCUGGUGCAGCAAAAGCUCGAGGACGCGAUGGAAAAAUGCUCUGUGCCGACUGUCGACAAAACAUG